UCCUCUCGCCAAUGUCAGUGUUGAGCGCGCACACACACUCUUCCACCACCAACAAACACAAACCACAGUAGUACAGUACAUUCCUGCUAAUCUUCUUUUUUUUUUUUUUUCGGGAAACAAAUCACAUUAAUUGCUCCUGAAAUAAUGAUAUUCUCCUCCCUAUAAAUACCCCCUCUUCCUCCCCUCUGUCUUACUUUCAUUCCCUCACUUUCUCUCUCCUCGUCUCUAAUUUCAAGCGUUCAUCAAUGGGGAAGGGGAAUAAGAAUGGCGGAGGAGGAGGCGGUGGAGGUGAAGGAGGAGACAAUAAGGACUGUGGAGGUGGCGGCGGAGAGAAAAAGGACGGUGGAGGUGGAGGUGGCGGCGGUAAUCUCAGUAUCGUCAUGAAAAUAGAUUUGCACUGUGAAGGCUGCACUAAACGUAUUCGAAAAUGUAUCCUCAAAUUUCCAGGUGUUUUUAAUGUUGAGUUUGAAGGAGAGAGCAAGGUGAAGAUCAUGGCGCAAAAUAAAGUCGAUCCAGUGAAGUUAAGAGAUGGAAUCCAGAAGAAAACUCUGAAAAAGACCGAAUUGAUCUCCCCUCAACCUCCGAAAAACACCGAGAAAAAGAAUGAAAACAAAGACGAUAAACCCAAAGAGCUGCCGGUGACGACGGUGAUGUUGAAGGUGGUUUAUCAUUGUGACGGCUGUGGUAACAGGUUGUACAAAGCAGUCUCAUCGUACAAAGGUGUUCAUGAAGUGAGCAUUGAGAAGGAAAAGGACAGGGUGAAGGUGACAGGGAGGAUUGAGGCGAAGAAGAUGGUGGAGGAGCUGCAGAAGAAGCUUAAGAAGAAUGUGGAGAUUGCCAAUGAUAAGAAAGAGAAUGGGAAGAAAGGAGGAGAUCAGAAGGAAAAUGGUGGUGGCGGGGGUGGCGGCAACGGUGGUGGAAACAAUGGUGGCGGCGGCAAUGGUGGCGGUGGUGGUGGGGAAAAGAAAGAGGUGAAACUGGAGUAUAUGAUUAAUUCUUCGGGUUAUAUAGGGAUAGUUAAUGGGACGGGCCGGGUUGUUGAGAUUUUUGACACCCCUCAGUUUUUCAGUGAUGAUAACCCGAACGCAUGCUCAGUUAUGUGAGUUGCGGGGUUUUUUGGGUUGGGCUGUUAGGAUUUUUGAUGGGUUUUGGUCUGUGUAAUUAGUUGGGGGGUUUGUUACUCUCAAUUUUGGGGAUACAAUUAAGUUGUGUUAAUUUGCAUGAAGUUUGUAGAUAAGUAAAAAGAGUAGAGCAAGAAAAGAAAGGUAAAUCAGAAGUUUUUGUCAGCUUGUACAGGAAAAAGCUAGUAGUACUAUUAAUAUACCCUUCAAUGAAUUAUUUUGAUGGGUGGAUUAUUUUCAGGUGUUCA